UGAUGAAAUUAGUUAAAAUGGUUAGCAUGGCGCCCUAAAUUGCUAUUUGAAAAUCUGAACAGCUGUUAACGUUAUAAUCACUUAGCGGAAUGGCCCGUACUAAGCAGACAGCUAGGAAAUCAACCGGAGGGAAAGCACCAAGAAAGCAGUUGGCAACGAAAGCAGCCCGAAAAUCAGCUCCAUCAACUGGAGGUGUUAAAAAGCCACAUCGUUACAGGCCAGGUACUGUUGCUCUCCGUGAAAUUCGAAGAUAUCAAAAGUCAACGGAAUUGCUCAUCCGGAAACUUCCUUUCCAGCGUCUAGUUAGAGAAAUUGCGCAAGAUUUCAAGACCGAUCUGCGAUUCCAAAGUGCUGCUGUAGGUGCUCUACAGGAAGCUAGUGAGGCGUAUCUGGUCGGUCUUUUUGAAGACACUAACUUAUGUGCAAUCCAUGCCAAGCGUGUUACGAUUAUGCCAAAGGACAUACAGUUGGCUCGCAGAAUUCGUGGUGAACGUGCUUAAUCUUUUACUAUGAAAUUUCGCUUCUUUACACGUCUCUUUAAUAUGCAUUUCAAUGUAAUUUCGUCAUUAUUCUGGCAGCAUACUAAUGUUCUUUAAAUAAUCCUAUCACCACAUUCC